AUGUCAUCUUUAUCUGCGGGUCGAUUGCUUUUUGAGCAGAUUUACGACGUAAUCGGUCUUCUCAUAUCCAAGACGAACGUUGCUCAAUGGAUCGGGCCUUCCCACCCAUCCCGGCAGACUGUGACAGAGAAGAGCCAAGAACCAAACCAUGGAGUGACGAAGAACCAGUACGAGGCUUUAAUGAAUGAAUUCUUGCAAUCUGCCGGUGUGAAAUCAAAACAUGAGCAAAAGCCUAGCGACUGUCUUGAGACCGCCAUAUUUGCGAGGAUCGAGCCCGUGACACCAGAUAAGCGUUUAGCUAAAGCCGCCACAAAGGUCGGGGCGUUGGUUGCUCUUUACUUUUAUCCAGCACAUGGAGAGAAGGAGCUGUUUCUGAUUGGACUUUAUACGGCCUGUUUCUUGGUCGUUGAGGACUCCGGUCAUUUGAUGAUUGAUGAUCUCGCACGGUUCCGACAGCGCAUGAUGACUGGCGAGAAACAGCCUGAACUUUUCGAAUUGAUGAAAUGGCUCUUUGUUGAGUUCGAUCAAUGCUUUCCCACACUCUGUGCCAACAAGCUGUUUACUGGCAUCCUCAACGCGUGGUCAAUCUUCGAAGUCGAAUAUGACCAGUCUCCAGGUACCGCAUUGAUUGUUGCGAGUGCAUCGCCCUUGUUUCCCAAAUACUUCCGCAAUAUGACGGGCAGCUCGGAGGCCUACGUGUACUUUCUCUUGACCAAGCAAGAGUUUAGUAUGUCACGAACGAAGAAAUUGUUGCAUGCUGUUCCCGAGCUGCUCAAUGUCACUGACGAGCUGAAUGAUCUGUUCUCUUUUUACAAAGAGUCAGUGGUUGAUAUUGAAAGAGCGGGUGACAUCGAGCGAGAUAACUUUGUAUAUCAAGAAGCCUGUGUGAAAGGGAUUCCAGUGAUUGAUGUUUUGCAAUCUCUAGCGCGUCAGAUCCACCAACGACAAGCGGCGGUUGACCAUAUCUUGAAGGAUGAUGCGCAGUUAAAACGUCUGGCGCGAGAGUACAUGGUUGGGCAGAUGAAGUUCUACCUAAUAUCGGAACGCUAUCGACUGUCAGAGUUGGAGUUGGUCUAG